CGGGCGCAGCCGGAGCGGCGGCGGCGCCAUUUUGCGCUGCGGCGGGACUCGGCGCGGGGCGGCCGCGGCGGGAGGGAGGUGGUGGCAGUGGCGGCGGCUGCGGUCGCUGCUCGGCACUGAGCGUCCCCGUUCGCCCUAAUCCUUAAUCCUUAACCCAGCCUAGCCUAACCUCGCCCAGCCCAGCCCAACCCCGUGGCCGGGACCCUGCCGACAUGAGCGACGUGGAGGAGAACAACUUCGAGGGGAGGAGAGUUGCUUUAGAAGAACACCUGAGCAUCCUUUUGGUGACUUUUUCUGACGAACCAGCGAUAGCAGCUUUUCAGUAAUACGGUUACAUAAGGUUGUUGCCUGGAGAACCGAGCAAUGAAUUUUUAAAGGACCAGAGUCACAUUCCAAUAAUAAUUCUUACAGAAAUGCUGUAGCCUUUUUGUAACACUAGUCUUUAAAAAAGAAAACAUAAAGAAAACCAAAAAAAAAACCCAGUCCCCAGGCUGACUGUGUUGUACCUGGCUGCGCAGUGACUGCUGCUGGUUCCUCAGGUGAGGUAAACAAAAUCUGUUCUUGUGUUAGUUGCUGGACAAAGGCGGCUGUCUACCUAUGCUCGUUUCAGAUAAAUGAACUAGUCUCUGAAAGGAAAACCAGCCAACUCAGAGAAGGUUGAGCAUAAGUAAUCUUCGUUGUUCAUUUUUUUUUAAAUUUGUUACUAUAGCCUCCCAGCUUAUAGCAAAAUUUAUGCUUUUUUAUUGUUUUCUUAUAACUAUUUACAUUAGAUUCCUCCAGAGAAUGUUUAUAUUAGCUUCUGUGAUGGAUCUAAUGUUAGUGUUAAAAAAAAUGAUACAGCUGUUUAGUUUCAGUAUUUCUGCAUACCUUCUUCUGCCAAAUGUAGAAAUAAAAUUAAUGUUUUGACAGUAUUUGAAGUAUGAGAGGUCCUGCAUAGCCAUUUCUCUGACUGUUACUUCUCAGUUGGCUUAUGCUUUUUUUUUUUUUUUUGAGGUGGAAAAUUUACCUGUUGGACAGAACUGCUGACCCCAUUGAGUUUUCACUUGGAAAACUUGUGUUCUUUCCGUAAUACUGGAAUUUCUGAAUCAGUCUAGCAAGUGGCACUCUCUUGCUUAAUGCUCUUUUUUUAAACAUAACUGAACAGAACAGGAUUCACUUAAAAACAACAACAAAAAAGUUGUAAUUAGGAACAUUCCUAAGCGGUUCUUUUUUUCUUUCACUAAUACAUCUUUUUGUUGACAAUGAUGCUGUUGAAAUACUUGAAAUUAUAAAAUAUUGCAGCCUAAUAUAUAUAUAUUUCAUAAAAUAAGCAUGUAAGUGUUGGGGGUAUUCAGUGUUUCAAUCUCCUGUUCCCAAACGGACAGACCUGUGCCAAGCUGAAUGUCCUAGUGCCUCAGUUAUGUGCAGGCACAUGGGAUGGAGAGAGUAUGGCAGAAGAGUUCAGUGGGAGAAGGAACCACAAAGAGACCAGGGAGAGGGUGGAGAACCUGCUUUCCUCCAAAUUGACACAAAAGAGAUUUCCGAGUACCUAACUUUUAGUCCUCCCCACCUUCCUUAGCAUUCGGCUUAGCUACUAACAAGUGUGAUGUUCAAAGAGGGGGGGGGGGUAAGUUUAGUCUAAGUCCCUUUCUGUCCAUACAGAUGCAUAUCAUCCCCAAAAACACUUCCAGUAAAGUUCCUCAAAGUAGUGGAAUAGCAAUAAAGUCUGAUAAGAUGAAGGUGCAUAUUGAGUCAGCAGUAACCAAAAAAUUAUAAAAAAAUAAAUCUUUACAUGGAAGAUUAGUUAGAAAAUCUUUCCCUGUUCUUCUUUUUACUUGUAAAGAAAAAAAAAAUAGUUUUAACAAAAAUAAAUGAUGUCAGGAAUUAUUCUGUAAAGCGUGUUUUAGCAGUGUUAAGAUGUCCAUGCAUCUUGCCUCCAAUUUGCAGUUUUAAAAUCAUGCUGUCACUUCAUGUGAAGAGGAAAUUGAGGAUAAUCUUGGAAAUAACUUUGCAGUGAGGUUGCAUAAUCUGUACUACUCGAAAACUUGCAUUUAUGAAGUGUUGGUUAAAAUUGCAGGGAUUUAAACUAUUAUUCUCGAUCUUACUCACUUCUUUACUGAUCAUUUUUUUUCCAAAGCAAAUGUUAAUCAGAUAUGUUCAGACUAAUUAACGUUUGCUUUGUUUUUACAUCAAUUUUGCUUCAGCAAGUUCUGUAUUAAGGAUGUGGCUGGUGGAAGAGAAGAAAUCCUGCCCCCAAGUAUGGUUGGGGGAAAGAAAUUGACAGAAUAAUUAGAAAUACAAUGGGUGUACUAGGUGUAAGUUUAUGGACUUGAAGAAGGAAACAGAUUUUAAGUCAUGUUUCUGUCCAAUGAUGUGAGUUUUGCAGAAGGUACAGGAUUUUAUCACCUUUAAGUGUUCAUUUUGAGCAGGUUAGACAGAUGAGACUUUUUAUCUCUUAUUGUUGAUAGAUGAUAGCUUUGUAAGGAUUUAGAUCUCAGUUCCUUUCAUAUUUGCCCAGUUAUUUGUAACAACAGAUUGUUCAUCUGGUGCACGUUCUGUGAUGCAGCUUCAUUAAAAGCUUCCCUAGAGCAAUGGAAAAGUUGCAGUCUGAACAGACGCGAACGGAAACUCCGCUUGCAGUUUUGAUCAAUUUUUUUUGAGCUUCUGAUAGCGUUUGACUUCUGUAAUCUUAAAAGUUUACUAGUUGUCUACAAAUAUUAAUGGGUUCUUUGUCUAAAUAGACAAAACUUUAUAUCAGAGUGAAGGCAGAACUCCAUCUUAGAACUCCAGAUUGAUCAUCUCCUGUGGCUGUAAUGAGAGGCCUCUUCCUACUCUCGCCAGAAUCUCAGUGAUUUCAGUCUAAUAAAGCACUUGAACCCUAGAUCAUUUCAUGUGCGAGCCAUUUUGUUGAAGGAAGGAUGUGUAGUUUGUGUGCAUGCAGGUGGCUUUUGGGUCAGCUAAACUCUGAACGUGUCUUGUGUUUUUUUUUUGCAUGCAAGCUUCAUGAAGAAAAUACUUAAAUUUAUAUAUGUUCCAACACUACCUAAACCUGAUCAACCUUGAGAUGAUUCCUUUGGUUCAGACACCUGUAUCAGCAACCUGCCAGCUCAGGGGCAAGGAAGGCACGCUGCUUUCCUACCUCUUCAAGUACAGGCGUGACAGGCUGCUAAUGCUCUGCAGUUCUGCAUUAGCUUGGGUAGGCUGUGAUCGUGCCGUGGUUUCUAAUGGCAAACAUGGGAAAGGAAACUUUUUACAGAAGUUGAUUUUUUUUUGUUUGCUUGUUUUGUUUAAUAAACUUAAUAAAUUUUAGAUUGUUACCUGGGCAAAAGAGUGACCACAGCACCCUUCCGUGGACAGGUGUAUAUAUUCAAGCCUCAAUGAAAAGAUAAACUUAUGUAUUUCAAAAGGUUUAUUGCUGAAGCUACUUCUUUUUAUUUAUUUAUAUUUAUUGGAGCAGUGUCAUUUUUAACAAUGUAUAAAGCUUGCUGAUGCAUUUUUAAAAUAGUUAAAUAUGUAUAUAAGUUUCUGUAUGAAAAGAAACGUAGGUUUACAUAUGUAUUAAAUUAUUUAUGGAAAAAUAGCUAAUUAAGAGAUUAGUAUUAUUUUUAGUAUGGAGUGACAGAUCACAGUGUUAAGCAAAAGUGUAACUUUUCUGAUGAGUUCAGAGGAAGGUUGGUGAGUUCCUGUCAAAGCAGUGGUUAAAAAGUAAUCUGGUCUCAUCUCAGGAAGAGAUGCUGCUAAAUUGACAGCUUAAUCCAGCGAAUGUAGGCUGCUACCAAAUUUCAGUUUCUUUUUUGACUGCUUUCACUUUUCUGUUCCCUUAUGAAGUUGGACUUUGUUUAUUUUUGGAGUUAGGGCAGGAUUUUUAUUUUUUUUUUUGCAAGAUUUUUGUAAAGCCUUGAGCUAUCUUCUGCUAGCUUAAUGGUGUUGCUGUACUACUUGCUGUCCUGUUCUUCCCCCCCGUGCAGGUGGUACGUCUUAGGGUGGAGGCCAACUGAAAUUUCUUGGUGAUAACAUGUUUUUUUAUUUUUUCUUCCCAUUUGACUUCCCAUGCUUUGCUAUAGGAAGCCUAGUGUAAGCCUAAUUGUCUCUUUUUACUUAAUCUCUCUUUAAAUUUCGAUAGCUUUGUAGCAAACCCUUUAUGAUAUGCUCUGAAACGGUGAGGCCUGAGGCAUGGUAAAACGUGACAAAAACGAGGACAGAAGAGUCAUGUAAAAACUAUUUUUGUCUUUUCUUGCUGUCUUUAUCGUGCCCUCUGAUGAUGGGUGGAAAUCUAAAAAUACUUCCUAAAGACCUUUGCAAUUCUGCUCUACAUAGAACUGUUUGGAAUGUGAUUUUUUUUUUUUUUAAAGUAACUGUUUUGGAAAGUAGCAUUUCUCUUGAAGGAUAUGAGGAAGAUAAAUGGCAGCUGUAACUUGCAUCGCAUAUGGUUGAAACAGUUGUACCGAUACGGGUGAAAUGCAGUGACGUGACUAACAUCUUGCUUAGCUAAAGCUGUUGAUCAGUUAUUCAGUGCCUAGGUCUAUGUGAGCAUGAGGUGAUGGUAGGAAGGGGCAUCCUGUCCAUAUUACUUUUUUCAGUGUUGUUCUUUCUGGAAUAAACUAGGUAGGAAUGAUGGAAAAUAUUCUUCAGUGCUCUCUAUAAAUGCUUCUAGCUCUGUGGUUCUUAACCAGAGGAUCAGUAGCUGAAGCAGCAGUCUUUAGGUUGUGUUCACCUACAAUAAUUUGUUUGCCUCCAAGUUUGACUUCCUAGUGAAUCAUUAAUCCCAUUUCCCAGUAUGUGCUUGAGGAAGUCACCGUAUCUUGCUCUGAGGAAGCACAGUGAAAAUUUUUUUCCAUUUUUACCAUGGGAAAAGUGUUAUUGACAAAUAUAUGUCUUUUGAAUGGGAAGAUUGAUCUGAAGACUAUUAGGUAGCUCGCUGGCUGUCUCUUUACGACAGACUGUACUGAGAGCAAAUGUAGAUGGUUUGAAAUGGUCCCAGUGAGCGUCUGCCUGCCUGUGAGGUUGUAAGGGUGAGAGCGGUGCCUUGAGAGUUGCGUAACAAAGCAGAAGACAUGAAGGUGUGCACUGUCAAGUGUGAGGCUGUUGUGGGGUGAGGAGCUGACUUUAACAAAAUGCAGUCUGAUCUGUGGCCCUCAAGUGACUGAGGAUCUUUAGAACAGAAAGAUAAGUAAAUAUUGGGGAUACAGAGAGAAAUUGUAGUUCAUUCUUUCUUAAAUAGUAGUUUAAUUAAUUUCUGGAGUAAACAUGGAGCUAAGAUCAGGGUAUCUAAUUACUUGAAGACUAGUACAGGACUUAAGGAUUUGAAUGCUUUGGAUGAUAGAGGUGUCUAUUUGCUGUUGUUAAAAAUGACGUACAGAUGACACACGUUGACUAUAAUGUUCUUGUUGAUAUUGCAGAAUGGAUGUAUAAAUUGGUUAUGAAGAACAGUGGGGUCUGUCUGUGACAUAGACUAAGGCAAAUCUUGCUAAUUAUUUUCUCAUCAGGAAAUAGAGGAGGAAAAUUCUUUAAAAUUGCUCUCUGUGACACCUUGAAGCUCUGAAUCUCUUAAUCCCUACCUGUAGUCUUGCUGAUGUAAAUCUUAUUAGGUACUUUUCCAGUGUCCUCCUUAAGUCCUUAAACUCUUCCAGGUUAUUGCGAUUCCCUUAGUGUCUCCUUUUGAAGCACUGUAGGAGAUAUAACUAGGUGAUCUAUGUUGCAUCAGAAGAUGAGAUGUAAUUGCCUGCCAGUGACAGACACGGUAUGCAACUGCUAACAGGUAAUCUCUCUUCAGCUGCAGUUUACAUCUACAGGUACUUGGUUUGAGGAAGUUUGAAAUGUGUAAGAACUCCUGCUGUCACCUCUGUCCCUCUGCUUCUAAAGUUAUGUGUUUGUGAGUGCAGCCCUUAAAGGGCUGGAGCAACCAGCUUGGAAAAGGACUUCACCUCCAUGAAAUGCUGCACUGCUUGCUUUUGGCAACUUCAUACAGAGCCCUUGUCAGAACUGAUACUCUUAGAAAACUGGGGGCAGCAUCAGAAGAUGCUUCAGUUGAAUAGAUAAGGAUGCUAAGCUAAUUUUGUCAUUGUAUGGGAGUUAACUGGCUUCUUAAUAUUUUUGGAACCUCCCAACACUUCUAGAUUGUGUGGUAUCUGUUUUUUUUUGUUCUUGUUUUUUCUUUCUUUUUUUUUUUCCAACCUUAUUGUUUAAGAAGUGAUCUCUCAAAUGUAAAAAGAGAAUGGACAGUACAGUAUCCUCAUUAAAGAGUGACUGAGGAGAGUGAAUUCUUUGUCUUUUCAUUGAAGGAUCUAUUCUAAAUCUGAAGGGUGUCACAUGAAGUGCUUUUCUAUAUUAUUGGUCACUUUCACUGAGGAGGGGAGUGGAAAUAACUCCAGGAGAAACUGGGAAGUAUUGCAGGAUAUGAAGUAUAAAUGUAAGGAUUAAAGAGAGCUAUCAAACAAUAAAGAGUACAAAAUUAGAGGAGAGGUAAUGAAAAAGCAUGUUAGUGGCUCUAAAAGUUUUUUUUUGUUUGUUUUGUUUUUUAAAUAAUGAACAGUGAAUUUCAAAUAAAACAGUAAGAACACAGAAUAAAAUCUGGUAUUACUUAAGUGCCCGUUCUUCCUUCUCUUUCUGCGACAGUCUUGUAGCUAGACCAGCAGAUAGCUGGCUCAAUAGGAUAACCUGUAACGUAGACCUACUGGGGUCCACGUCACAGCCCAGCUUUGAAUUUGGCCUUCAUUGAUCAGUUUAGUGUGCCUGUCAAAUUAGAAGGUGAUGCCCUCCACGUAUCCUGUGUCCUUUUCAUUGAGGUAAAGGGGGAAAGGCAGCAUAGCUGUAAUACUGCUGUAAGAAAUAAGGGGUCUCCCAUGUUUCAUUUUUGGUCGAUUUAUUGUCUUUGAAUAUGAGGAAGGAGUCCUUUGGAAAGGACUUCAGAAUGCUGAAGAAUUCAACUACAAAAGAAAAUGCAAAUCUGGACUUACAUGGAAAAAAUAGAUAAGUUGGGGAAAGUAUUUUAAGGACAGGCAGGAGAAUAAAUGAUGAAAAUGAAAAUGAAAUGUAACGCUUGUGGGAGGGGAACUUGCUGUGCGAUUUUUCCAUUACAAGUUUUGCACGUUUUUUUGUGACAUUAUAGAGGUAUAUAGCACACAUUUCCACAGCUUUUUUUGUUUUUAUAUAGCUGAGCUCCCUAGGAAUGCUGUACACUAAAAUGUGAGGAAAUCCUAACCUGCUCUUUGUUUGCUUGUUUUCCUAGUUUUUCUCUUGUGUGCAUUAUCAUACAAGAAAACAAAAAAAAACCUCCUGUCUGUUAUUGGAUUGCUUUGAACUGCAGUAUUAUACGUCUUGUUUUUUGUGGAUUAAGUUGUGUGCAAGGAAAACAGGAUAACAAUGAGGAAGAGAAAGUAGGAAGAAAAAUUUGUCUUGCAUAUAUCUAUGUGCAUGUAUUAUGCGAGUAAGUAUGUGCAUAGAUAGAUUUUGACUGGAAGUCUUUGGCCGUGCUGUUGAACUGAGUGUCUUAGUAAUAAUGUGUAGGAGUGGAAUUUGGGAUAUUUAAUACUGCGAAGUACAUAGUUGUUGCUAGGGGGAAAAUCAGUUAUCGAUAUCAAUAUUUUUAAUAUAUAUUUGUGCUAAUUAGCUUUUUAGUUCAUCUAUGUAUCGUACAGAGAAUAAAAAUCUGAAAGGGGAGGAGGGUAGCUUUGAAAAUACAGUAAAACACUGAGAACUCAGUAAGCUCAUUGUUAGACCGUAGACACUUAUACAGUUUUAAAGCUUUUUUUAAAAAAGGUUGUUUUAUAAAGUAGUUUCUUGCACUUUACCUGCUGGCUUUUCAAUUUGGUAGAUAACAUCUGAACUCCAGCAGAGUUUUAUAAUCCCCACGUGCUUAAAUAUACUAAAUGUUCUUUUUCCAUUAAGGUUAAUGUUCGUGAAGAAAUUGAAGAGUUUUUUCCAAGAAUGUGGAAGAUAAAUCAAGAUAAAAGAAGGCUAAUGAAAAGUAUUAAAGAUCAGAAAAUUAAAAUUGAAUGGGGGAAAAAAUUGAACAGAAGAUUGGUCAGAUAGAAGCACUUGAAUGUUUUUUUUAAGGCUUUAAUGAAUUGUUUGAAUUGGGGAAGAAUACACGAAGUAUGAAAAAUGAAAAACUCAAUGAAGAAUGAAGAGAAGUAGAAAGCAAGAGUGAAGUAGAAUUAAAAGAAUCUGGAAGAAUGAAUGGGUCCUAGGUUAAGUAAAUGUAUGGUUUAUGUUCCAGUGUCUGUAUGAUCAAGUUGUAGAUGAAUUUGCAUGAUUACUUAGUUAAUAGAGAAUUGGUGAUCUGGUUCAAGCAGGGAUCUAUUUGAGGAAAGCAUACAAUAUUAACAGUGGGCUAGCAAAAUGAAAAUUUGUUCUGGAGGGUAUUGCCUAACCAUUUGUUUUUUCAGGAGCAAUCAAUAUAAUAGAAUUACUGUACUUUAAAUGUUAGGAGUUAGGCAUUUGUACAACCAAUACCAUUUGUAAUACUAUCUUUUUCGUUAGGAGUCUCGCUCCCAGUCAAAAUCUCCAGCUGGGAGUCCUGCUCGUGUAAAAUCGGAGAGCAGGUCAGGAUCUCGCAGUCCAUCGAGAGCUUCCAAACAUUCUGAAUCGCACUCUAGGUCGAGAUCAAAAUCGAGGAGACGUUCUCGAAGCAGAUCGUACACGCCAGAAUACCGCCGUCGAAGGAGCCGUAGUCACUCUCCAAUGUCCAACAGGAGAAGGCACACAGGCAGCAGAGCCAAUCCAGAUCCUAAUACAUGUCUCGGAGUGUUUGGUCUCAGUUUGUAUACCACUGAGAGAGAUUUGCGUGAAGUCUUCUCCCGUUACGGACCUUUGACUGGUGUCAAUGUGGUUUAUGAUCAGCGGACUGGACGAUCAAGAGGAUUUGCUUUUGUUUAUUUUGAGAGGAUUGAUGAUUCUAAAGAGGCAAUGGAGCAUGCAAACGGUAUGGAGCUGGAUGGCAGGAGGAUUCGGGUGGAUUACUCAAUCACCAAGAGAGCACAUACACCCACUCCAGGCAUCUACAUGGGCAGGCCAACACACAGUGGAGGAGGUGGUGGUGGCGGAGCAGGUCGUCGCCGUGACUCUUACUAUGAUAGAGGGUAUGACAGAGGUUAUGACAGAUACGAAGAAUAUGACUACAGAUACAGGAGACGAUCACCAUCGCCUUACUAUAGCCGGUACCGAUCACGAUCAAGAUCCCGUUCCUAUAGUCCAAGGCGCUAUUGAAGAUGAGAGGAGUUACAGUUGAGGACAUGAUUUUUAAAUACAAGGUUCAGAUCUUAGCUUCCCUACUGCUUCCCUCCCUCCCUUGUUCUCCAUCCAGCUAUUUUACAAAACUUUGGUUCAUUUAGAGUAUACAUAUCUUCAGUUGAAGUAUUCCUGUUUUCCAUCCCUUCUUAUUGUAAUACUCUUAAAUAUUGUAAUUGUUGUAGUUUUUGUGUAGUAAAACAUCUUGAGCAAAAUGAAAUAGAAAACCCAAAGUGUUGAUACAUUUUGGAAGUCAUUCCUAUUUUGUUUUUAAACCAAUUGGACUCCUAGCUAAUUACAAGACAGCAAUGAUAUUUUUAAAGCUUGCAUGUCAUAUGUAAUACACUCAGAUACUUUAACAUAAACCUGCAUUUCCAAGUAACUCGUUAAUCUUUCUGUUAAAAUGUUUACCUAUUACUUUGAUAAACAAAUAACGACUUUGAGCCUUUCCUGUAAUGACAAAUUUAUUUAGAUAGUCAUGAACCAGAGGAUUUCUUUUUUGUCAGGUAGUUGCUUUGAGUGUAGAAUAUUUGAGCUAGAGCAAAAUUUGGUAUUUGGCUGACCAGGAAAAUAGAUCCUUGUACACUGAAAAUUAAGACUGUAUUUUAUAAAUAAGUUUUUGGAUUGCUACACAGUGGAUAACAUCUACAGUAAAAAACAUAUUUUUUUUUUAUUGUACUUGGUUGAAUAUUUCCCCCCAGUCAGUGCAGGAGAAAAAUAUUUAUUGAACAUAGCAAUUAGUUAUAUAAUUUGCUGUUCAUUUAAACAACAACAACAAAAACUUUUUGGUAUUGCAAUAAUGAUUUAAGCAAGUUUUGUUUCCAGUCCUUUUUGGAGUUCGAAAGUAUGGAUGGAAAGACCUGUGACUACAUGUAAACCUUUUUUUUUCCCCCCUCAAUAAAAGUUAAUUCCACUGAAA